AUGGUUUUUGGUCCAGUCGGCUCUCGCUCAACCGAAAAAACGCUGAUAGUUGCAUCUCCCUCCAAAAUACAAGUAGGGAAUUUGGGGACAGAGGACAUCCAUGUUCGUCCGAUUCGCACGAAAAUCAAUGGCAAAUGUCUCCGCCAUCCUCGGCCCUCGAAAAAAGCCGGAGAAGAUAUCUCGCUUUCUUUCCUUGGCCGUCGGGUUUCCCUUAGCCCAACUCCUCCGGAACCCCGUCGUCACUUCCUCUAUUUUCAAAAAGAAAAGAAAAAAAUUUCAACAAAAAAAAAAGCAUAAACUUUCAGUUCACGAUAGAAAACGCUUUCUCUCUUUACCCAUCUUUCUCCACAAUGAUUACCCGUUAACAUUAUAUUUCCAUUUCGGUGUAAUUGCAGUCUGAAAGGAUGGUGACGAAGAUCGAGGUAUCUAUUUUCAGCCAUUUGGAAUAGUACCAUGCCUAUCCGCAACUCUGACGCUUCACAGGGAGAAGGUGGCAAUCCACCUCUUUCAGGUGGCAAUGAUAACCAAGCUCAACAAUUUCGCAGUGGAAAUAAGGUCUACAAAAGUGGGCCUUUGUUUUUAUCAUCCAAAGUUGGCAUUGGAUGGACAACAUGGAAGAAAAGAUGGUUCAUUUUAACACGUACUUCAUUGGUUUUCUUCAGAACUGAUCCUACUGUUGCUCCUAAAAAGGGUGGUGAAGUAAAUUUAACACUUGGAGGGAUCGAUCUUAACAGUUCAGGCAGUGUGGUUGUCAAAGAAGAUAAGAAACUCUUGACUGUGCUCUUUCCUGAUGGUCGUGAUGGACGCGCUUUCACUCUGAAGGCUGAAACAUCGGAAGACUUGUUCGAGUGGAAAGCUGCACUUGAAGAAGCUUUGGCCAAUGCCCCUAAUGCUGCUCUUGUAGUGGGACAAAAUGGAAUAUUCAGGAAUGAUCAGGGGAAUGUACUUGAUGCUUCAGACCAUCCUAAGGAUAGACAACCAGCAAAAUCAUUAGUAAUUGGUCAGCCAAUUUUACUUGCUUUGGAAGAUAUCGAUGGAUCUGCGUCAUUUUUGGAGAAAGCCCUUAAAUUUGUAGAAGAGUAUGGAGUCAGAGUGGAAGGAAUCUUGCGGCAGGCAGCAGAUGUAGAUGAUGUUGAGCAUCGAAUACGAGAAUAUGAGAACGGGAAAAAGGAAUUUUCUCCAGAUGAGGAUCCACAUGUUAUAGCUGAUUGUGUGAAGUAUAUCCUCCGGGAGUUACCAUCAUCUCCAGUUCCUGCAUCUUGCUGCAAUGCCCUUUUGGAAGCUUAUCGAACUGAGCGCAGUUUGAGAGUUGAUGCUAUACGUAAUGCAUUAUUGGAGACAUUUCCUGAGCCAAAUCGGCGUUUAUUGCAAAGAAUUCUCACUAUGAUGCAAAAAGUGGCUUCUUACAAGAAUGAGAAUCGAAUGAGCAUUCCAGCUGUUGCUGCGUGCAUGGCACCUUUACUUCUUCGCCCCCUGCUAGCUGGAGAAUGUGAGCUUGGACAGAACUUUGACAUGGGUGGUGAUGGCUCUAUUCAACUUCUCCAGGCAGCUGCAGCAGCGAACCAUGCUCAGGCUAUUGUCAUAACUUUGUUGGAAGAGUAUAGCAAUCUAUUUGGGGAAGGAUCUGUGUCACCUGAAUUAUACUCUGACUCGGAUGAUACGGGUGGUGAAGAACUUAGCGAUGAAGAAGAUGAAAGCUACACCGAUGAAGAUGUUGAUGAAGAAGACGAGGGCUCUGAUGCAUAUUCUAAUGAUGGCUCUGGUCAUGCAACUACUAGCACUGCCAGUGAGACUGAUGAAAUUGAAGGUGCUAAUAAGCGUGCUAGAGGCUGUAAUUCCAGUCUCGAGUCUCCUGAAGUUAGCCAGAAAGAACCAAGAAGUCUCCCUCAAAAUUCUAUUAAGAAUGAAGGCAUUAUUGAUGGUGCUAUAAAUCAUAGUAGCCAUGUGUCUGCAACGUCAGGGAAUGAAUCCCAUGAUUUGGUAGGAGAGACUGCUGAAGCAUCUGUUUCUAAAAAAUCCACAGAAGUUUCUAGUUGCCCUGGGAACACUGUUCGCCGCCCUGCUGUCCGGGUGCGUGCUCGUGGCAAUAACCUUCCUUUGGAAUCCUUUGAUUUCACCCUUGAGGAAGAUUCCGAAAUCCUGAGCCUGGAGGCCACCAAAAUAGAAUUAGAAAACAGAAUUGCAGAGGAGGCUAAGGGGAACGUGCUUCUGAAAGAGAGCUUGGCAAAACAAAAGAAUGCUUUACAAGAACGGCGCUUAGCUCUUCAAAGAGAUGUGGCAAUGCUUCAGGAGCAGUUGCAAAAAGAACAAGAGUUGAGGAUGGUGCUGGAGGCUAGACUCCAGAAUUCUCCAUUACCAUUGGCCACUUCUUCCAGUAUUGAUGAAGCAACCAAAGCAGAAUUUGAGGAGAUUGCUCAAGCAGAGGCAGAUGUUGCCUAUUUGAAACAGAGGGCUGAAGAUCUUGGAGCUGAGCUUAAUAAACAACAGGAAAUAAAUUCCAGAUAUCAUACUGAUAUAGACAAUCAACCGCGACAAAAUCUAACUCAGCAACGAAAACAGGAUUAUAAGAAUAGCGAUGCGGAUACUAAUCCUACUUCACAAGCUCAUGACAAGUCAGUGAGAAGUAAGCAUGAUGCUUGCUCAAACCAGACGGAAGAUGGUGAAAGAGAGAAGAAAAAUGAACCUCAAGCUUCUGUGAACAAACAGAGCAAGCAAUUGGAUACUCUAUGCAAUCCCAACAAUUCUGCGGUUCAAAACGUGGUUGAACCGGGGAUAAUGGGUAGGGCAGCUUCAACGACAACCUCAAGAAAGUUUGGUUCAAGAAACGAGGGAGCUAAUGCUUCUUCUGCGCUGUCAAAGCUAACAAACCGGCUUAACUUCAUGAAGGAGCGCCGUGCCCAAAUUUCAAACGAGUUCCUAGAAUUGGACAAAAGCUCGAGUUCUUGUCAAACUAGCCUAGCCCCUGAAAGGAAAGGGUCAGAACCUCACCCGAACACAGUGGAAAACCAAUCAUCAUCAGACAAAAAAGUAAAAGGAGGAGAUGUCAAUCUCCUUCCGGCAGGCAGAAGUAAACCACAUCAGAUUUGAUUAAAGGAAAUGAAGAAGACACAAUUUGGCAUCUGUUUCCUAGCAUUGGAUGAUGAGUCAGGUUUCAGGAUGUUUAAGCCCCACCCAAGCAUCCCACACAAAGGUUUAAUCAUCCAUCGCAGAGUUGUUUAUUUGGGGCAAAUUUUGUAUUCUGUGAUUGUAUAUAAUAACUAUAAGUAAAUAAAUUUGCAUGUCAUGUUAAAAUGGAAAAUAAUAAUACAUGUGUACAUAUAAAGAGAUCAAUUUUGUAGGUGACAGUUUCAUGAUUUUAUGUGAAGUGUGGUUUAUAAAUAGAAACCCUACCAUGUGAUCUUUGACCGCCGUAUCAA